AUGGUAAUAAUGCGCCUUAUAACGACCGCCGUUUACAUCAGCAUCAAGGAUCCUGGCAUCCGAGCGCAGUCUCGCAGUGACCCUCUCCACCCUCGGAGGGGUCACCGCCCGCACCCGGACUACGUCAUCGCCGGCGCCGGCACCGCCGGUCUCGUAGUGGCGAACCGCCUCUCCGAGGACCCGAACGUAUCGGUCGUCGUGAUCGAGCCCGGCUCCGAUCAGCGGACCAACCCCAACGUCACCAACCCGGAUGCCUUCCUGCAGGCCUUUGGCACCGACCUCGACUGGUCCUACCCCGUCGCUCCGCAGCCCGGGGCCGGGGGCCAGAGCUUCGUGCUGCACCAGGGCAGGGCGUGGGGUGGCAGUAGCGCCAUAAACGGCAUGGCGUAUAUACGCGGCCACAAAGCCCAAAUCGACGCCUGGGAAACCCUCGGCAACCCCGGCUGGAAUUGGGACGCCCUCCUCCACUACGCUCUCAAGUCCGAGAACUACACCAUCCCCAACGACUCCCAGCUCGCCGCCGGCGCCACCUACGAUCCCGCCUACCACGGCUUCGAGGGCCCCGUGCACACGGGCUACCCGCUCAGCCUCAGCAACGGCUCCGCAUCGCCCGUCAUCAUCGCCGCCUGGGAGAGCCUGCUGCUCCCGCACAACCCGGACCUGAACGGCGGAAACACUCAUGGGUUUUCCAUCGGCCCACUCACCGUGGAGGCCGCGACUAACCUGCGCAGCGACGCGGCGAGCGCGUAUUAUUCCCCUAUCGAGGCUCGUCCCAACUUGAGCAUCCUCCGGGGCACCGUGAAGCGCGUGGUCUGGGACAAGAAGAUGAAGAAGAACAACCGCCCGGGCGCUGGGAAGGAGGAUCUGUUGGUGGCGCGAGGGGUAGAGUACAUCACGGACAAAGGCGAAACUCGCAUUCUUUCCGCCGCAAAAGAGGUUAUCCUCUCCGCCGGCUCCGUGAGGACCCCGCUCAUCAUCGAAGGUUCAGGCAUCGGGAACCCAAAAUUACUCAAAAAGCUCGGCAUCCGCAGCGAGGUCGCCCUCCCCGGCGUGGGCGAAAACUACCUCGACAAGGCCAGCCACAUGAUCGGUUUCGCCGGGAGCCUGGGCCCCACCGGUGGGGCCUACCACGCCUUCGCCACCAUGGACGAUAUCUUUGGCGACUCCGUCUCCGACGUCGCCGAGUCCGCUCUCGCCAAGCUACCCCAGUGGGCCGAAGCCGCCGUGGGCGACGCCGCCUGGACGGGGCUCGAUGUGGCAGCCAUCGAGAAGCUCAUGCGCAUCCAGCACCGGCUCCUCUUCCGCCAGGGCGUCCCCGCCGCCGAGAUCCUCGUCGGCUCCAUCCCCGGCGCGGACGACAUCUCUGUCCUGUUCUCGCAAUACUGGCCCCUCGUGUCGUUUUCUCGCGGGAGCGUGCACCUCGGCUCGGUGGACGCCAUUGAUAGCCCCGUCAUCGAUCCCCGUCUUUUCCUCGCCGAUUUCGACGUGGAUGUGUCGAUUGCCGCGGGUCGGCUUGCGCAGGGAUUCUGGCUCUCGGACACAGCCCGGCCCUUCGUCACCGCGCCGAUCCUGCCUGGCGAAGACUUGCUGCCCAACGAUGCUACUGCGGAGCAGUGGGAAGCUUUUACAACAACGUCAGUCAUCCCUCAUUCUCACGGCCUUGGUAGUGCGUCGAUGAUGGCGCGAGAGCUCGGCGGAGUCGUCGACCCUGAGCUGAGAAUCUACGGAACUGCCAACGUUCGCGUGGUCGACGCCUCGGUGAUACCCCUGCACAUUAGCGGGCACAUGGUGGCUACAAUCUAUGCCGUGGCGGAGCGCGCUGCCGACUUGAUCAAAGGCAAGAUCUGA